GCGGGCCCGCCCCGUGGCCGCCCUCGCGGCGUCCUGCCGACCAUGCCGCUGGAUCACCGCCGCCUGUGCGGCCCGGAGGAGUCGCAGCCGCCGGCGCUGUGGGCAGCGGCCGCGGCCGAGGAUGAGGAGGACGAGGAGGGCGCGGGGGCGGCGCCGCGGGACCCUUGUGCCCUGCGGCCGCUGUUCGCGCGGGCCGGGCUGCUGAGCCAGGCCCAGGGCUCGGCCUACGUGGAGCUGGGCAGCGGCACCAAGGUGCUCUGCGCCGCCUGGGGCCCGCGGGAGGCGGCCGAGCCCGGCCCGGGCCGGCUGAUCUGCGAGUUCCGCCGGGCGCCGUUCGCGGGGCGAGGGGCGCGGGGCCGGCCGGGCGCGGCGGCGGAGCGGGAGGCGGAGCGGGAGGCGGCGGCGGCGCUGCGGGAGGCGCUGGAGCCGGCGGUGCGGCUGGGCCGCUACCCGCGGGCCCGCCUGGCCGUCAGCGCGCUGCUGCUGCAGGACGGGGGCUCGGCGCUGGCCGCCGCCAUCAGCGCCGCCGCCCUGGCGCUGGCGGACGCGGGCGUGGAGAUGUACGACCUGGCCGUGGGCUGCGCGCUGUGCCGGCCGCCCGCGCCCGCCGCCUCGUGGAUGCUGCAGCCCGCCGAGCCCGAGGAGCGCCGCGCCGCCGCCCGCCUCACGCUGGCCCUGCUGCCCGCCCUCAACCAGGUGUCGGCUGUGCUGGGCGGCGGCCGGGGCGGCCCGCCCGAGGACUGGGCGCAAGCCCUGCGGCUCGGCCUCGAUGGCUGCCACCGGCAGUACCCGGUGCUGCGGCAGAGCCUGCUGCGGGCCGCACAGCGCCGCGAUGCCGCCGCUGCCACCGCCGCUGCCGCCGCGGCCACCAGUGCCUGAGUGCCCGUGAGACCUGCGUACCCCAGCUUGGGGAUGGGGCAUCUCCCGGAGGCCGCCUAAGCUGCUUUCAAUGCUGCCGGAGACCCCUGGAGCCUGCCUGAUCCACGCAUCACUGUUGGGGAUUAAAGCAAGUUUACUUUUAGAAUCUUAAAAGUUUAUUAAGUUUUACUGUUACUGCUGGUGAACCCACUGAUCCAUGCCUGAUGCCGCUGGAGACUGGAUGAGCCAACCUUUGCACUGCUGGAGACCCAAGAACUGCGCCCAAGGACACGGGAAUCUGCACCCCCCACACACUGCCCGAGCACCCCAGAGUGCACCUGAGAAGCCCUCGUGUUGCAGGAGACCAUUCUCAGCUGGCACCACAAACAGCCUUGCACGCUGCUGAAGCCCCCCAAGAACAACCUCCAUACUGCCUCAGCAGCCAGAGCCUGCCUGAGACCUCCCUCCAAGCAAUUGCUGCCACUCUAGGACCCCACAUCUCCACCCAGGCUGAAGCCCUCACUCCAAGCUCCUCACCAUAUCCAUCUGUGCAAGCAGCACCAGGCAGGAGCCACACCAUGGCAUGGACUGCACAUCCCUUGGACUUCUUGCCCAGACAAUGCUUCAGGGCGGCAGAGUUCUGUUUUGUUGGUUUUUUCAUAAUAAUAAAUAGUAUUUUUUCUGGUGAGUCUUCUGCCUGCAUGGGCCUCCUGGGGCCUCUGCCAGCCAUGGGCAGGGGUGGAAGGAUGUGCUUCUACAAUUGGGGUCACCCCCUCUGCUCCCACUGUCCUUGUGGAGUUCAGCGGGAGCUGGGUGCUUCCUUGGAAUCUGAUUAUUCCUGGGGAUGGAGUGGAGCAGGUGGCCUUGUCUGCCAAGCUGCACCAUGGUGGGCUUGUACCCAGCACAGGGGGUGCUGUGACUUGGGGCCAUCCUGGGGCUGGAAGAAGCAGCUCUUGGCUAACACCAUCUCUCCAAGGCAACCCCACGUGCUGAAGAUGAGUUCAGCCAAGGCUGGCCUUGGCUCCAGCAAGCCCAGAACCCACUCCAGAGAUGAAACUGGAGAUUCCAUCCAGUGCAGGCAGGAUGUGGACUGUGGCUAAGGAGAGUCUGGUUGGCUUAGGGGAGGAAAAUGAGACAAAUUGCUUUUCCCAAAGGAGAGAGGGUCUUUAUUAAUGACCAGGCAGAUGAUGAAGGACCAGGUGAGAGUGAAAAACCCACCAGGCUGGGGCAUUCUCACCC